GGCCAGAAACUGUUGGCUCUUCCUAGAAAAUGAAAAGCAUAUAGAAAAAAACAAAAAAGAAUUAAAAAAAAAAAGGAAAAAGAAAAAGACCACCUUGACUUCUCUCUCUCACUCUCUCUCCUCUCUCUCUAUUAUUUUCCAUUCUGCUGAUUCAACUGGGAGAGUAAAUGAAGAACCAGAGGUGAGGUUGGGAACCAUUAAAUGUCCCCAAUGCAGAUGUGUGAGGUUCCUUUCGUCUGAACGAGUGUUCAACAUUUUCGAAGCCUCUUUAGCUUUGGCCACUUGUCAGUCCUUGCACAUCGUCAGCAAAGCUCCAUCGCCCAAAUAUUUUGGAAUUUACAAGGAAAACCCAGAAAGGAAAUUGGCUAAAAAAUAAAUAAUUAAAUAUAUAAAAGAAAAAUAAAUACUUUGUUUUGGUGGGAAAAUUUAUUGAUGUCUAUUUAAGGCACGAAGAAGUGUCUUCGUACAGUGCUCAGAGAAGACCGGUGUGCUGUUUCUUCUUCUUCUUCUUCAUCUUAUUCUUCUUCUAUAGCUUUUUGUUAGGUGUUUUGGGAAAUAAAUAAGCAAAGCAUGAGCUACUUGGGAGUUGGGGUUAGUCCUGGGAAUGUCCCAGUUUACCAUGCCACAAAUCUUAAAGUGAUGGACAGGAGAGUUAGAGUGGCUGAGUUGGUUUUGAGAUCUGUAAUCUGUGGUUUUGGACUCGUUGCUGCUCUUCUUGUGGGGACUGAUUCACAGGUCAGAGAAAUCUUCUCAAUCCAGAAGAAAGCCAAGUUCACAGACAUGAAAGCUCUUGUGUUUAUAGUCAUAGCUAAUGUGAUUGCUGCUACGUACUCAUUGGUUCAAGGAUUGCGUUGUGCUGUGAGCAUGGUUAGAGGUCAUGUUCUCUUCAACAAACCUCUGGCUUGGCUCAUUUUCUCUGGUGAUCAGGUGAUGGCUUAUGUAACGGUUGCUGCAUUAGCAGCAGCUGCACAAUCGGCCGUGUUUGCCAAGCUUGGGCAGCCAGAAUUACAAUGGAUGAAGAUAUGCAAUAUGUAUGGGAAGUUCUGCAACCAAGUUGGGGAGGGAAUUGCAAGCACUUUAUUCGUUAGCCUUAGUAUGGUGUUGGUCUCUUGCAUUUCUGCUUUCAACCUCUUCCGCUUGUACGGCAGCAACAAGGGCAAGAGCAGCGGAAGUUGGUAGGUUUCUAAGAGCAUAUAUGCAUACUAGUUAUGACUGAAAUGGCCAUCUCUUUUCUUCCUCUUCGUCUUACAUGGUUCUGUAAUAUUUUGGCCUCCCUCACAGUAUUAUGAUGAUAAAGAUGAUUGUAAUUACAGGUUUGGUGACUGUUUCAGCUAUGUUGAGUAAUAAAACAAGGCUAUGUUAAAAGUUGUUAGCUCU